GUGAUAACUGAAUAGUAUAAAUAAUUUAUGGACAUUUUUUCCACGUAAUAUUUUCCUAAAUUACUAGAUAAAGAUAGAUCAUCAUUGAAUUUGAAUAAAAAUGAUGUCAAGGACAUUUAGGUUCCUACCAUUGCGGCUUAAUGUUAGUGCAAUUUUUAAAUCAAAUGCAAACAAAGUUACAAGCAGCGCGAGAAAACUUUCCCAUCAUCACUGGUCAGCAAAGGAUUAUGCUGAGAAAAAGUCUAUGCAGCCGACUCAUCAGUAUUUAUUUGUGAAUUUACAGCGUCCCUUUUCAAUACGGACGCAUGUGCCUGAUGCGGCUCAUGUUAGCGGGUCAGACGAUGGAACUGCUGCCUUCAUGGCAUUAUUUCCAGAUAUUGUACGUGAACUCACCGAGGAAAUAAAGAGUUUAAAAGCAGAUGAAGCUGCAACUUGGAACGAAAAGGCUUUAGAGUACAAUGGACUUGGCGGGAAAAAGAACCGUGCUUUUCUUGCUAUUUCAGCAUAUAAAAAUCUAGUCAAACCUGAAGAACUCACUCCUGAAAAACUGCUAUUAAUACAGUAUCUGGCGUGGUACAUUGAAAUGUUGCAAUGUUUCUUCCUGAUAAUUGAUGACAUAAUGGACGACAGUGUUACUCGUCGCGGUCAGUUGUGUUGGCACAAAAUGGAUAACGUUGGGACUGUUGCUAUCAACGAUGCCCUGAUGAUUGAAAAUGGAAUAUACGCGCUGCUGCGAAAACAUUUUCGUCACUUAGAUUGUUACGUUGAUUUACUUGAAUUGUUCCAUCAAAUAAAUUUUAUUACAACCUCUGGACAAUCAAUGGAUAAUAUAUAUUCGAAGAAACAAGUAAACGAAUUCAAUAUGAACAAAUACAAUGUGAUUACUGCUACAAAAACUGGCUAUUAUUCCUUCUAUUUUCCUGUGGCAGCGGCUUUACAUUUAGCAGGUGUAAAGGACAAGGCUGUGUUUGAAAAAUCAAAAGCUAUUCUUUUAGAAAUGAGUCAAUUAUAUCAAGUACAAGAUGAUUUCAUCGAUUGUUUUGGUGAUUCUGAUAUAAGUGGCAAAAUCGGCACAGACAUACAGGACAACAAAUCUUCUUGGUUGGCUGUGAUGUGCGUAGAAAAAUGUAGUCUUGAACAAAGAGCAAUAAUGGAGGAAUGCUAUGGGCAAAAAGAUCCCGAAAAGGUCGCGCGUGUUAAACAACUUUACAAGGAAUUGGAUCUUAUCAACUGCUACCACGUGUAUGAAGAAACAAAAUACAAUGAUAUUAAAUUGCAAAUUCAACAAGUCUCGAAUGAUGUACCGAAAGAUGCCUUUUUAACUUUACUCAACAAAUUCUAUAAACGUCAAACGUAAGAGGAGUCAAGAAGGAGUAGAAGUUCUUACAGAUUAACUGAAAUUGAGCAGCGGCACUAUUAAUUCAUAAUUAUAAACCUAUAAAUUCCAUCGGUUUUAGUUGUUAUCUUAAUAACUCUUUAUUAUUGUUUUUAACAUUUCAUAUACCUGAAAAUGAAUGUGUUUAACUUGUUGAUAACGAAAACCGAUCAAACGAUUCAAGAAAAUAAACAGUUUUUAUACA